AAUCCAUGCAAAUAAGCUUCUGAUUAGGUCUCGCCCUCUUGGUGACAGCGGUAAACUCCGCCCACUUGUUCCAAAUCUCAGUUAUUGACAUCCAACACACACGCAGGCAUGUUUGCCUUGAUGGCUGCCGGCAGCGUCUUCUUCCCAGGAAUGUUCCUGCUUUCCAGACUGACUCUGAGGUUCGUGAUGGGAUGGAGUGAGGCCGACGCCACCGUCGUGUCCGUGCGCGGCGUGUCAUCUGUGCAGGGCGCCAUGGCGUCAGCGGCUGGAUACAUCAUCGCCUCGUCUUGCCAUGACGUCAUGGAGGACAAGCACUGGCUGACCGACGCCUACAUCAGCUUCGCCGCUCCCUACUUCGUCUACGACGUAUUCGCCAUGUUCCUGUGUCAUCGACACAAGCGCCAGCAGCAGGAGGGCGCGCACGUGGCGGCCUUUGUGCGUCGAGAGGUACUGAUGGUGCUGCAUCACGCCUUCAUGGUGCUCUUCUGCCUCCCCGCCUCCCUGGUGUGGAGGCGGGGCAAGGGUGAUUACUUCCAGGGCCUUCUGCUGCUGGCUGAGCUCAGCACGCCGUGUGUGAGUCUGGCUAAAGUUCUGAUGCAGCUGAAAAAGGAGCACACUCUGCUGUACAAGGUGAACGGCGCGCUGAUGCUGCUGGUCUUCUUCGGCUGCCGGGUGUUGCUCUUCCCCUACCUGUACCUGGCCUACAGCAGGUACGUGUCCCUGCCCAUCCAUCAGGUGGUGCUGGAGGCCCCGUGGCAGUGCAAUGUGGGCGUGGUCAUGCUGUGGCCCCUGCAGAUCUAUUGGCUCACGCUCAUGUGUAGGCGGGCGCUACGCCUCCUCACGCGGCGCUCAGACGCCGACGCCAAGAAGACAGCAUGAUGCUCAACCUUUACUCCUCCACUCAGCCUUUAUUUUGGUAGAUGCGGCAGGAAAUUAUGUCACGACUUAACACGUAAAAAAGUGAACGGGUUUGUUUAAUGAGAAGAGGUUAGAGGUCAGUCUGCCUUCGCUUGGUUUUUCCUCCACACUUCAUGUCCGCUGAUGUAGGUCGCCGUCACUCCCAGCGAGUCAUUCAACAACACCAUGUCUGAAAUAAAACACUUAUUGAUUCAUCAAUCAAUACCAUCUAUUGAUUCAUCAUAUCUAGCAAUCAAUAGCAUCUAUUGAUUAAUGAAAUAUAUUAACUAAUGAAUACUAUCUAUUAACUAAUCAUAUCUAUCCAUCAAUCAAUACCAUCUAUUGAUUAAUCAUAUCUAUUCAUCAAUCAAUAUCUAUUGAUUCAUCGUAUUU